GCUGGCAAGACACCGUAAAAUCGUGGAGCCUGAAGUGGUUGGAGAAAGUGAUUCAGAGGUGGAGGGGGAAGCUUGGCGCCUGGAGCGAGAGGACACCAGUGAAGAAGAAGAGGAAGAGAUUGAUGAUGAGGAGAUCGAGCGUCGGCGCGGGAUGAUGCGUCAGCGAGCACAGGAGAGGAAAACUGAGGAGAUGGAAGUGAUGGAGUUGGAAGAUGAGGGUCGAUCUGGAGAAGAGUCCGAGUCAGAGUCUGAAUACGAGGAGUACACGGACAGCGAGGAUGAAAUGGAGCCGCGCCUCAAACCUGUCUUCAUCCGCAAGAAGGACCGGAUCACAGUUCAGGAGCGAGAAGCAGAAGCCCUGAAGCAGAAGGAGCUGGAGCAGGAGGCAAAGAGGCUGGCGGAGGAGAGGCGCAAGUACACACUCAAGAUCGUAGAAGAGGAAGCGAAAAAGGAGCUGGAGGAGAACAAGCGCUCGCUGGCAGCACUGGAUGCACUUGAUACAGAUGAUGAGAACGACGAGGAGGAGUACGAGGCCUGGAAAGUACGUGAGCUGAAGCGUAUCAAACGAGACCGUGAAGAACGAGAAGCCAUGGAGAAAGAGAAGGCGGAAAUCGAGCGCAUGCGGAACCUGACAGAGGAGGAGCGCCGGGCUGAGCUUCGGGCCAAUGGCAAGGUCAUCACCAACAAGGCAGUGAAGGGCAAAUACAAGUUCCUGCAGAAAUACUACCACCGCGGCGCCUUUUUCAUGGAUGAGGAUGAGGAGGUGUACAAGAGGGACUUCAGCGCCCCAACCCUUGAGGACCACUUCAACAAGACCAUCCUGCCCAAAGUCAUGCAGGUCAAGAACUUUGGGCGCUCGGGGCGGACAAAGUACACACACUUGGUGGACCAGGACACUACCUCCUUCGACUCUGCCUGGGGCCAGGAGAGUGCGCAGAACACCAAGUUCUUUAAGCAGAAAGCAGCAGGUGUACGGGACGUCUUUGAGAGACCCUCAGCCAAGAAGCGAAAAACCACUUAAUGGAGCAGGCAGGAGGGCAUGGCGUGGCUGACAGCCAGGCCGGAGGACACUUCUCUGCCAGGAGCCUGGGCAGGACAGAAGGGACACAGCGCUGUGCCAGGAUUCGUGUGGUG